CGCAGGGUGUGGAGUUGGUGCCGGGCGGAGAGGCGAGACAGCGGGCAACAAACAACGGCAGAGCUGCCUGGUGUGGACGGAAAACGAGAUUAACUACACUUCGGAGAGACGAGGAGGCGAUCGCUUGGCUUUCUGGAGUCGAUUGCAGGCCGUAAAGCUGGAGAAGAGCUGGAGAGAGGCUCCGAAAUAAUGUGAGGGAGCAGCGGCGGCAGCUCGGGAUGGAAGUGAGCUUGACAACAAACCGGUUCUUCGGAUUGAUCUAAGUUGACUCGGAGUCUAUACACUUCAGCACGCAGCUGGCACUGCUCCGGACCCUGGACCCCCCCACAUCUGGAGUUUUUGUGUUCUUCUGGUUUAUCUAAGCAGCACCAAGUGAUUGAGAAGCGCAAUUUGAGCCCUUUUCUGGAGUCCAAACCACAACCCCCCCCCAUCCCUAGACCCCUUGGAAAGGACCUUGGCAAGAUCUUUCCCCUCCAUUAAAACAGUAGGACGUUCUCGUGCCUGUGGACUUGCACUUCAGCACUUUCCGCUUCGUCGUCGUUCGUGCAUGCAGAUCAUCCGGCGUCCCUUCGGAUGCGUCUCCCACUUGGCUUCUUGUUGUUGUCGUUGUUGUUGUUGACAUUUGUGAUUCUGAGCACCUUUUGACCCGACCACAGCAUUUCUCCUCCUCCUCCCUCACAUCUGCUGACUUUGGUAGCUCGUCGACGAGGAGGAGGAGGGGUAAAAAAAAGUAAAUAAAAGUACCUGCCACACCAGGAUUAAAAAAAAAAGCAAGGCAACAGAAUAGUUGCCCUGCACCUGUCCUUUUCACUGACGGCUUCGCUGUAGGGAUACGCAGACGGAACCCAAGAAGCCCUCGCUAUUUUUAGAGAUAGUGAUGGGGUAGAUGGUGUUGGAACUGAAGACCCCCCCCAAAACCCCCCCACCACCCUCCUCGGCCCACCAGCACACCCCCGGCUUUAGCUCCGGCUGCUGAGUUGUCCGGACUGGCUCUUGCGUCGUCGCGUCGUCCAAUUAUUUUCCUUCAACUGGAUGGAAUCUUCUCAGCAACGGAGGACAAUGAAACUAGCAGAGCAAACUUUAGUAACCAAAUAACUUCAUCCCCAUAUAAACAGAGAGAUAUAUAUAUGUAACAGAGUAUAUAUAAUACAGAUAUAUAUUGCAGAUCCGUAGUUUGAAUAUGUAUAUUCUAUUUUUUAUGCUUAAAGUGAGCAUCGUUGCCUGAAACCCAAUCCAUUGCCUUAGAUUUACAGUAAUAAAGGGAAUAGCAAGAACAUAGUCAAACAACAGUGUUGGAAGUAACUUAAUGGUGCCUUUUUUCGUUCAUCGGUCUCGUCACUUCAGGAUUUCACUAGCGGUCGAGAGAUAUUUUUGUGGUUGACUUGAGUUUAAAUCCUUAUUAUAUAUACACAUAUAUAUAUAUAUAUAUAAAUAUAUACAUAUAUGGCUCACACUUGAGUUUGAUCGCCAUUGGAUGUACCCGGCUGUGUUGAAGAUUCUCGAUUGAAGCAUGUGGGAAGGAUUAUUUUGUACUUGAUGUCAGCGACUUUUUCCAAAGUGGUUUUUUGAACUUUUUUUCCCUCCCCCAACAAACUCGAUUGAUGUAAUUCUUUUGAAGAUCGCGGCUCGACACUAAAGCAUUUCCGAUGGUGAUCACUUCAUCCGUGGAGGAGAAGCCACAGCCUUCUAACAGAAUGGUCGCCAACCUGUCGACCGAAUCGUGGAUCGGCAACCCGGAUCAGAGCCGCUACCAGUCUCACCUGCUCCGGAAGCCGUCGAGAAGUGGAAGCAGCUCAGGAUGCAAGCCCCCCCCCUCCUCUUCCCUCUGCCAGCCUGCUCCCGGCUACUCCCCCGCUGAGCUCACCAUGACCAGCCAGCACACACACCCCCCCUUCAGCAACAUCCAGUCCAUGGCUGAACAGCAGCAGGUGCUGUCUGAGAUGACCAUACUGCAGAGGAGGAUCCCCCCGAGUUUUCGAGACCCAGCCAGCGCCCCGCUGAGAAAGCUCUCCGUCGACCUCAUCAAGACUUACAAGCACAUCAAUGAGGUGUACUACACGAAGAAGAAGCGGCGGGCGCAGCAGGUGCCGCCGGAGGACUCCAGCACCAAAAAGGAGCGAAAGGUUUACAACGAUGGCUACGACGACGACAACUACGACUACAUCGUGAAGAACGGGGAAAAGUGGCUGGACCGCUACGAGAUCGACUCGCUAAUCGGCAAGGGCUCCUUCGGACAGGUGGUGAAAGCCUAUGACCACCACGAGCAGGAGUGGGUGGCCAUCAAAAUCAUCAAAAAUAAGAAAGCCUUCCUGAACCAGGCCCAGAUCGAGCUGAGGCUACUAGAACUCAUGAACAAACACGACACUGAGAUGAAAUACUAUAUAGUCCACCUGAAGAGGCACUUCAUGUUCCGGAACCAUCUCUGCCUGGUGUUCGAGCUCCUCUCCUACAACCUGUACGAUCUCCUCCGCAACACCAACUUCCGGGGCGUCUCCCUCAACCUGACGCGGAAGUUUGCGCAGCAGCUGUGCACGGCGCUGCUCUUCCUGGCCACGCCGGAGCUCAGCAUCAUCCACUGCGACCUCAAACCCGAAAACAUCCUGCUGUGCAACCCCAAACGCAGCGCCAUCAAAAUCGUCGACUUCGGCAGCUCCUGUCAGCUCGGUCAGCGGAUUUAUCAGUACAUCCAGAGUCGGUUCUACCGCUCUCCUGAGGUGUUGCUGGGGAUGCCCUAUGAUCUGGCCAUAGACAUGUGGUCUCUGGGCUGCAUCCUGGUGGAGAUGCACACGGGCGAACCCCUGUUCAGCGGCUCCAAUGAGGUGGAUCAGAUGAAUAAAAUAGUGGAGGUUCUUGGGGUUCCCCCGAACCACAUGCUGGACCAGGCCCCCAAAGCUCGCAAAUACUUUGAUAAGCUCUCUGACGGCCUGUGGACCGUCAAGAAGAACAAGGAUAUAAAGAAGGUACUAUAUCCUUCGGCCUCUGAGUAUAAGGCUCCAGCGACGAGGCGGCUGCAUGAGAUCUUAGGGGUGGAGACCGGGGGUCCCGGGGGGAGACGGGCUGGUGAGCAAGGCCAUGCCCCCUGCGACUACCUGAAGUUUAAGGACCUGAUCCUGCGCAUGCUGGACUACGACCCGAAGACCCGCAUCACGCCGUUUUACGCCCUGCAGCACAAUUUCUUCAAGAAGACGACAGACGAGGGCACCAACACCAGCAGCUCCACCUCAACGAGCCCAGCCAUGGACCACAGCCACUCCACCUCCACCACCAGCUCCGUCUCCAGCUCCGGUGGAUCUAGCGGUUCUUCCAAUGACAACCGAAAUUACCGGUACAGCAACCGGUACUACAACAGCGCCGUCACUCACACGGACUAUGAGAUGCAGAGCCCGCAGGCGCCAUCCCAGCAGCAGUUGCGUAUCUGGCCGGGCAGUGAGGGCGGUCUGGGCCAGCUGUCGAACAGUGGCAGCGACGCGCCGUACCCGCAGCUCCUCCUGCACAAGCCGGCCGCCUCGCAGCACUCCCGCCACUUCCUCGGCAACGUGGGGGGCAUGAUGGACCCCCCCCACCACCCCCACCCGGUCUACGGCGGGGGUCACCACGGCAACGGCCGGCCGCUCCGGCAGCAGCAGCAGCAGCAACAGCAGCAGCAGCAGCAGAGCCAGGCCCAGGGUCAGACUCCGCAGGGCCCGCAAGGCCAGACGCUGAUGCCGAUCUCGUCUCCGCAGAUGCAGGACAGCAUCGAGCUGAGCCUAACGCACCACCACCACCUGGCCCAGUCUUCCAUCGUGCAGCCCCCGCCGUCGAGUUUGGACUCCAGUCAGUACGGAUCCUCCAACAUCCACCUGGGCCUCUCCGCCUUUCGGACUAGAACGGCCCUGGCUCCGCCCCCCCAGCCUCCGACGGCCUCCUCGCAGCAACAGCUGGCCCAAGCCCCGGCCGCUCAGGACAGCAUGGUGCCUGCCUCCGGCCUGGGCUACAUCCCCCCCUGUUACCCAGGCAACAACAAUAACAACCCGCCGCCCCAGGGCAGCGGGAUGCUCACCGGCGCCCCCCCGAGGGGCGGAGGAGCAGGGGUCGUGCGGCCGGAUUCGGAAGAGUCCAUCAUGAUGGGCGUGUGCGGAAGCGGGGGGGGCGGCGGCCAGAGCGCGGCCAACUCUUGAUAAAUCUUGAACAAAUUCCAAAAGCCAUACAAAAAAAAAAAGAAUUUUAACGAGAAACAUAAAUGAUUAAAAACAAACAACAAACAGCGCAUACACAAACAUAAACACACACACACACGUAGUACACACCCACACCACACCACACACACACACGGCCACACGACAGAGAAAAAACUUGUGAAAUAUCAAAGGAUUAUUUUGGUUGUUUUUUGUUUUAUUUUCUGUUUUGCAUGGGGGAGGAGAACGGGAAGGUUUAUUUUUCCUUUUUUUAAUUUUGUUUGGAAGGAGAAGAGCGGAAGGCGGAGCAGUCAGAGCAGAAAGUCUCAGAACGUUUGUUUUUAUCGUUAUUCUUAUUAUAUUAUUUGAUUUUAUGUGAGAAUAGGUUUGCAGCGAGAGAUUUUUUUUUUGCUUUUUUUUUCAUUCUGUUUUGUUUGCCAGGCCCCCAGGUGAGUCGAGAUCGGAGCGAUGAAUGUGUUAGAGGAGGGAAGCAGCAGGAGAGAGAGAGGGAGAGAAGAUCCUAUAUGAUGUUUUCUUUUUUGUUUAAUUGUACAUUUUUAAUUUAUUAAGAAUCACUACAGAAGGAGAGAGGUGGAGGGAUCGGGAGGAGAGCUAAAGAGGUGGGUGGUUAUUUUGUUUUGUUUUGUUUUUCGGGUUUAUUUAUUCGACGUGUUUAUUUUAUUUAUACAGGUUUGUUUUUAUUUUUUGAGGGACAGACGACACUCAACGCAUACACGAAACAAAACAAACAAACAAACAAAAUGGGAUUGAGUUGUUUUUCAUUUGACUUUCUCUCACCCGUGACUUACACAAACACUUUUGUUACUGAUUGACUUCUUUUUUUUUCGUUUGUUUGUUUCUUUUUUUCUUUUUUUUUAUGUUUCCAGUCUUUUUCUCGCUUGACACACUGGCUUAUAUAUCUCAAACUAUGAAACAAAUCUUACGAAUAAAAUAAAGCAAAUGACAAAAACCGUAGUCACACCGCGGUGAGAAAAACGACGCGAGGAGGAGGAGGCGGAACCAUUUUGCUGACGCGAGCCGCUCCGAAAGCGAAGAGGGGGGACCUUUAGCUAAAUCUUUACAGAAAAAAAGGAGGAAGUGAAAAAAAAACGACAAACAAAACACUCGGCCAGAAGGAAAACCAAAAUGCUUCCCUGAUGUUUGUUUUUCAGAAAAAAAAAUAGUCUGCCUUCUUCAUCAUCCUUACCAGACUUUCUCACCUCUUUUCUCACGUUUAUUUAUUUGUUUUCCCUCUCUCUCUGUCUCUCUCUCUUUCUCUCUCGCUCCGUUUCUCUUUCUUUCUUUUCCUUACUUUUGUUUUUCGACAGGAAUCGGUGAAAAGCGCAUUUGUAUUAACUCUGGAUAUGCUAAGCCAAAUCUUGCUCUCUUUUUCUCUCUCUUUUUUCUCACUCUCUCUUUGCUUUUUUCUCUCUCUCUAGCUUAUCUCUUUCUUUUUUUUGUUGUUUUUGUUUUUUUUUUUCUUUCCUUUUCUUCCUGGCCCCAUAUUUAUGUUGGAAGGAAGAGGAGACGGGCGAGAAAAGCAGGAGGGAGGAAGCUGUAGAAACGAAGGAGAUUCCUCCGCCGCGCCCUCCUGCUCUAACUUCUCUCUCUCUAUCUCUAUUCUCUCUCUCUCUCUCUCUCUCUCUCUCUCUCUCUCGUCUUUCCUCCCCCUUCCUCCUUCCUCCUCUGCAACACUCUGUGAGUGCUGUUUUGCCAUCAAGUCAAAAAAAAAGAAAAAAAAAGAAAAAAAAGUGAACUACUUCUCUCUCGGCUGCUAUCUCCACUCUCAACCAUGUUCGGAUUGCUGCUAAAGAAAACAAACAGAUAAAUAAAUAAAAUAAAUAAAUAAAUAAAAAUAAAUGAAUAAAAAAAAACUUUUUAACCCUCCUGCUUCAGAAAAAAAUGGAAAAAUAAAACCACUGCAUCUCAUGUAUUUAUUACUAUUUAACAAGAAAAAAAAGAAAAAAAAAAGAAAAAAGUGAACCUGUUUUCUGCUGUUUUUUUGUUUACGUUCUUUCUUGGUACAGGUGAAAGCUUGACAUUUCUAUUAUGUAACGGAAACAUGGUAUUAAACAAGUGCCUCGAUUUAUUGGUCAGCCGCUGGACAGAGUGGAAAGGAUGGGUUUAGAUUUUGAGCAGGGGUAAAUUAUAUGUAUAGCUAAAAAAAAAAAAGGUUUCAAGCCUCAUGUUAUUGUGUAGAAAAGAAAAAAUCCACUACAAUUCAAACCUUGUGAGAAUUCAUAUUUGAAGCGAGCCUCAGUAUGACUGACCAAUACCGUAUAUAUUUAAUUAACUGAUGAACAUCUUUUCAUCCAUUGUAAUUUGUGUACAUAGCAUUCAUGCUUCAUCCAGUUUAACGGUUAGGGCGAAAAAGAAAGAAAUGCGUCUCUCUCUCUCUCUCAAGGCUGCUUCUUGCGACUGGGAUUCGAACCUGCGACCUUGCAGGCAACAGGACCUGCGAAACUACCUUACUCUGCUCACGUCAGUGACGAUGACUGCUGUCCUUUAUGUUGUUAAUACCCGGUUAAAACUUGUAAUCGGCCGUCGCUGCGGCGGCGGCGGCUCCUUUACUUUGUAUUUUUUUCUCUCAACGUCAUCCUUCAUGAGAAACAUCAUGUCUGAAGUAUUAUCACAUCAUCAGUUUUUUGGUUUCUCUAUUAAAGAGAAAGUUGCCUCUAA